AUGGAGAAAGAAACAUAUACAUCUCAAACGAGCUACAAGGGACUUCAAGAAGCUAUUGAAGUCAUUUUACAGCAGAGCGAUGAUAAUGAAUAUGACUUGGCUGUCAUACCUCCUGAUCCAAGUGCACUGACUGAUGAAGAGGAAGACAGGUAUUCUGGUCCGAUAGCCAAUGACAAUCGGAUCAAAAUACCCGUCAGCAAAGAUAACGGUCCGGUUGCCGUUGCUAUUGCCCGGUCAGUGCGAGAUGAACUGUUAGAAAUAGUGGAGAAGCAGGCCUAA